AUGGCCAAGAAGCUUUAUUAUGAGCAUCAAUAUUAUAUUCCGAAAGAUUAUGAGGAGGAAAUAGUCUAUGAAACCGAAGAUGUGGCCUCCACCUCAGCAGGAGCCAUGGAGGCAGAUAGUGGCCAUAGUGGAGGCCAUAUAGGUCACAUAUAUUUCAGAAUCAGUGAGAAUACCCAGAGCCAGGAUAGCGAGAGGGAAACUAAGGAAAGUGAUGCCAACGUGAGAGAAAGCAGUAGCCACCCGGAUUCUUCCUUGGAGGUAGACACGGAAGAACUGAACACCUCAGAGGCUGGUGUGGCAAGGAUUCGUCGGAGGCAGCGGGGUCAUCAAAACCUCUUCCAUUUCACGCCGUGCCAGAUCAGGAAAAUGGAAUCGGUCUUUGAAAAUUCCCAGUACCCAAAUUUGGCUGCCAGGAAAGAACUUGCAAGAGCUCUGAAAGUGCCUGAAGCGAAACUGAAGGUGUGGUUCGCCAACCGGAGAGAACAAGACAGGAAGGAAAAACUCGUACAGAUAGAAAUAACACCUUCUGUUGAAGAUAUCCUCAUACUUAGGGACAUUGAGGAAGAUUCUUCCUAG